CGACCCCCUGGAAGGUGUCCCCGUGCCCCCCAAAAAGUCUAUAUUUAUAGUUUUAUAAUUAAAAGAGGAAAAAAAAGCGUAGACAUGCGGUAAAAAUACCAGCCAUAGUUCCUAACAAGGGCAGAAGAGGCGUGUCUUCCUUCUCCCAUCCGCCCAUCCUGAAUUCCCGUUUAGUUUGUCACGGGUCCUUGACAAAAAUCUGUAAAAGAAAAAAGAAAAAAAAAAAAAAAAUUGAAUGAAAAUGGUCCAAAUGGCGUCAUUGGGUAGUGUGACUGUGGACGAUUUAAAAACAAAACGAUUUUCUCUAAAUAUUCUAUGAGCAUGUAUUUUUACACCGGAUAAAAAAGGGGAGAGUCGGUUAUUGGCAGAGGGGGGAGGGACUAGACAGCAGGCGUAUUGCAUUCCACGAAGCUGAUUUAAUAAGUGCUGUCUGUGAUGUUUGGCAAGCCUGGUUUAUAUCCAUCUACAAGGUUUGCGAACCCAUGUUGCCGAUUUUUUUUUUCUGCUACAGAACAACUCCCUUGGUACAAUAAAAAAGACGAGUAUUUACUUUUCAUUGAAAGUGGAAGAACCUGAAAAGGAACUUAGAAAGAAGCAGCUGGGAAAGGUGAGAGGAAAACCUAGAGUGUGUGUUAUCCUGGAAGCCAAUUGAGAGUGGAGCUUGCUUGAUAUUUCUCUAGAUAAAGAAUUUAAGGAGAGCAUCUAUCUUUGUUCUCUUUGGCAACUGAGAGUCUGCCCUUGGAAACAUCAGGCACCAUGGGGAAGCGGGAUAAUCGGGUAGCCUAUAUGAAUCCUAUCGCAAUGGCCAGAUGGAGAGGCCCAACUCAAUCUGUGGGCCCAACAAUCCAAGAUUAUCUAAAUCGACCCAGGCCCACCUGGGAAGAAGUAAAGAAACAAUUAGAAAAUAAAAAAACAGGCUCAAAAGCAUUAGCUGAAUUUGAAGAAAAAAUGAAUGAAAAUUGGAAGAAAGAACUUGAAAAAAGCAGAGAGAAAUUAUUAAGUGGAAAUGAGAGCUCAUCUAAAAAAAGAGAAAGAAAGAGAAAGAAAAAAAAGAAAUCUUGUCGGUCUUCAUCUUCUUCAUCAAGCUCUGAUUCUUCAAGCAGUUCUUCAGAUUCUGAGGAUGAGGAAAAGAAACAAGGAAAAAAAAGAAAGAAAAAGAAGAACCGUUCAUACAAAUCAUCCCAAAGCUCUACGUACGAAUCAGAAUCAGAGAGCAAGGAGUCUGUAAAAAAGAAAAAGAAGUCAAAGGAUGAAACAGAGAAGGAAAAGGAUAUAAGAAGCCUCAGCAAGAAGAGAAAGAAAAGUUAUCCUGAUGAUAAACCUUUAUCAUCUGAGUCCUCAUCUGAAUCAGAUUUUGAAGAGGAUGUGCAAGCAAAAAAGAAGAGAAGGUGUGAAGAGCGAGAACAAGCAAAGGAAAAAGUAAAGAAGAAGAAGAAGAAACAGCACAAGAAACGUAGUAAGAAGAAGAAAAAGAAGUCUGGAUCAAGUCACAAGUCAAGAUAACAUCAAGAAAAAAAGCAAGAAUGAGUUUGCCGAGUUUCCCUGUGUUAGUAGAAUUAUUUCUGGACUUUGAGUUGCCUAUCAAAUCCCACUGUGCCAGAAAGGGGCAUAAUGGCUGCUGGCAACUUAAAUAUACAUUUUUCUUUGUUUGCUUGUCCUUCCUUCCAAUGGUCAAUUCCUCUGAGAGCUAAAAUUCUGUUGUCAUACCAGUGAAUAAAAUGUUUGAAAUUAAAGUAAAAUGUGUUAGAUAAUGAAUAACUUUGACGAAAAAAAAAGUGUAUCUAAGGUUAAAUGUAUUUAAUUUGAAUACAUCUUUGAAAUAUCAUCAUAAGUGAAAUAUAAACGUAAUUUCCAGACAAUUGUAGUUGGUGUUUUUGAUGCAAGGACUUAAUAUUGAUGUCUCAAAUACCUUGCUUUUGUAGAUAAGUUUAGUUCAUUUUACUUUUUUCUUUUAUGAAUCUUUGUUUACAUGGGGAAAGAGCAUGUGGGGUGGGAAGGGCAAGUGUUUGCUAAUCACUGUGGCUAGCUGAAUAGUGUGCCUUUGACUCUUACACAUCCUGUUUUUGCCAGAGCAGCAGCCAUCCUUUUCUUACUUCAUGAAAUUCUGGGGUGUUGUAUGCUGCUUCAAGUGAACAAGAAGGACAGAAGUUUACAGCAUAAGUAAGCCCCCAUAUCUAUGAAAUUUACCUCUUCUUCAGCACUGUUUACUAUACAGUACUGAAUAAUAUUUAGUAUUACAAUAUUACAUGAUUUGAAAUAACUUUAUACCCAUUUUGUAUGGAAAUCAUUCUAAACAGACCCUGAUGUUUUUUGAUUAAGAAAUAUUCUGAAAAUUGUUUUGCAUGUUUUAUACUGUUAAGUUUUAAUUAUCUGACCAUAUUCUAUAUAACUGGUGAUCCUUUUUAAAGAUAUGAUUUAUGCUUAGGAUAUAAGUUUCAAGUUUGUAGUUUCUUAACCUUGCUAUAUUAAUUUCAUUACUGUAUUUAAUUGCACCCUUGCCAAAAUAGCAUGUGAGAAGGUUUUUUAAAAAAAAAUAUGUAAUGCCUUCAUAUUGAAGCUGGUUACUGUACGCAAGUUGAGUGCCAGACCUCUAGUACGCCGUGUGUUACAUGAAACUACUGCCAAAAUCUUAGUAAGAUUGUUGUUGAAAAGAUUGUUGUCUUAAGCAUUAAUAUUGAAUUUAUAUAGAAGUUAAAUGUAGGUGAUAAUGACAUCAUUGAUCUUCCUGUGUCCAUAUUUUACUACAAUUUGGUGCCUUGUAUCUGUUGCUGAUUCACUUUUACCACUAGUGUAAAAAUAAGUGAAAAAAUAUUUUUACUUUACAUUUUUAUAUAUCAGAGUAACAUAAAUUAUAAAUUUGUGUCUCAAAAACCACCUGUGAUGGAGGAUGUGCUAAUUGUAAUGUCAUAGGUACAAAGUAUUUUGGCAUGAUGAAAGGCUCAAUAGCUAUUGUUUUUAAAUAGCAGAUUUUAUCUCAGCUACCUUCAAUCACAAGUAAAAUUAUAAGGAUAAAAAACAUCUGCUACAUAAAUAACAUGUUGGCUUGCCAAAUUUUUUGCAUUGGAAAUACUGGAACCUCUCAUUAAUGUUCUUGGAACAUAUAGUGAUGCCAUGUUAGAUCACCUUGGAGCUUCAUAACUUUAGCUUUUUCCUAAGAAUAUAUGUUUAUGCUGAUAAAAACUAUUACAUUUAUGGGAUAUUUUGUAUCCAUAUAGAGUUUUUCAGAAUUGUUCAUUAAAAUGCUUUUUAUAAGCUUAUAUUAUUUGUAGAAUAUGGCAAAAGCAUUUACAGCUCAUCGUAUAUCUAUCUGCUCCCAUUCACUUCCAAACCUCUUGUAGUUAGGCAAUGCCAUUUGACUACUUCAAGCAGAGGGAUUGUAAACGGAAGUGAUUUUCUAUUUCUAUUUUGGACUGUAAAAAGUUCUGCAUGACCCUCCAGUUUUCUUUUGCCUGUCAUGGUGACCUGAAAGCAAGAUGUUCCAAAUGGCAUACUUACAAGACGGAUGCAACCUGGAUCCUUAGGUCGCUAUUUAGAAGGGACCUGACUGGAGUGCUGAUGGACUUGCAGUACAUUUUUUAAAUGUAAGAAAUAAACUGUUAUGUGU